ACAGUUACAUGCUUUGUUUUGCUACAGCAAGAUAAUUUCUAUACGAGAUGAGUGAAAACUGAAAAUUGGAAAUAAAUAAUUGUGGUAAAUGGAAGUACAGAAAUUUCAAAAAUUUUCUUAGUUUAAAAAGAUUAACACAAAUCAGAUUUUGAGAUAUAAGACAAUAUUCAAGAAUGACUGCAACAAACAGAAGUUAUGAAUAGAUUGAUCCUUUAUAAUUAUAGAUUCUAUUGUCAAAUGAUACCUAAAACGAAUAAUAGGUUAAUGGAUAUAAAAACAUUUGUAUUUUUGGAUAUUGAAACAACAGGAUUACCAAGAAUGGAAAAUAAUAAGACAAAAAUUACUGAACUCUGCAUGGUAGCUGUAGAAGCAAGUCACAUACAGCUAGGUGUAUUUCCACGAGUACAAAAUAAACUAAAUGUGUGUUUUAAUCCCUGGAAAUUAAUAUCAACGGAAAGUGAGAAAAUGACAGGUCUUUCGAAUCCGAUUUUGGAACAUCAAUCUAAAUUUUCAUCUGAUACAAUAAACACUAUAAACUGCUUUUUAAACCAUAAUCAGAAACCGCUAUGUUUUGUUGCUCACAAUGGAACUUAUUUUGAUUAUCCUAUUUUACAAAGAGAAGUGGAAAAAAGCGGUAAUUCUUUAAUAGAUGAUAUAGUUUGUAUAGAUUCUUUGCAUAUGUUCCGGCAACUUCACUAUGAAGAAGAGAAUGUUGCACAGGUUGAGACGACUGCAAUGCCUAGUUGUCUUUCUUUAAGCAUAGAAACAACGGUUGAUGAGACAGAGGACGGAGGUAAUACAUUACCACAAAAAAUCCUUGAGGCCAAGAAAUUAAAUGAAACGACCCCUAAGAAACAAAUGGUAGAGACUUUUCCUUCUAUACCCAAUCCUGCUAAAAGAUUAAAACUGAUGUCUUCUAAAACAAAUACAGAUUUUAAUAUCAGCUUUAAAUUAUCUGAUAUUUAUACUAGAAUGACCAAACGAUCACCAAUCAAGGAGCAUCAGGCAGAGGGUGACGUGUUAAUGUUGAUUACAUGUGCUGCAACGCUAGGAGAAAAAUUUGUAAAUUGGGCAAAUGUUAAUGCAAAAAACUUUUGUGAUAUCCCUUCAAUGGCACCUGGAAAGAAAAUUGGAACGUAGUAUUAUUUAAAAAUCUACAAUAACGGUUGUUGAGCAAUCAAAAGUGUAGAUUCAUUUACAUGUUCCAAAUCUUGAUAAUAUUAUACUUCUAUAUAUUCUUCUAUUAUAAUGGGGAAAGAAGUUGAUACCAAAAGUAUUAAAAUUGGGGUAGAGAAAUUAUCAGUCUUUCUAUAAAGUUUAUGAUUGUUUUGCAUAUUUGAAUUUUCAUAUAAGGUCAUAAGAAAAUUUUUCCUUAAACACUUUU